GGAACAUUGAGUAUACGCUUCGUUUUCACGUUGAAAUCAUUGAAUGGCUGAAGCAACCUUAACCGAGGGAACAACGGAGUGUUUGGCCACAGGUAUAAUAGAAAUCAGUUCCCAUUUUAAUUCAUUCUCUCCAAGCUCUAGACAAAACAAAAUGACCUCCAGCUCCAGGGACGAUGAUUCGGUCCCUGUGCCCUACACUCUCCUUCCUCAAAAUGCUGCACAACAAAACGUCGUCGUUUUAUCCCUCUACCGUCGCCCUCCAUGCCAACAUUGGCGGCUUCUCCGCCUCUGUGCCCUCUACUCCGCCGCCUUUCUCCUCCUCUUCGCCGUUGCUUUUCUACUUUUCCCUGCCGAUCCCUCCUUCCAACUCGUCCGAUUGAAACUCAAUCACGUCAAAGUCCAUUUGGUGCCGCCUGGUGUCUCCCUUGACCUUUCUUUCUUUGCUUCUCUUAGGGUUCGCAAUAAGAACUUCUUCUCUCUCCAUUACGAUUACAUUGGCGUUUCGGUCGGCUACCGGGGAAAACGACUUGGAUUUGUGAGCUCUGAGGGCGGUCGAGUUUCUGCUCGAGGCUCUUCUUAUGUGAAUGCUACUCUUGAUUUGAAUGGGUUAGAGGUCGUUCACGAUGUCUUGUACUUGCUUGCGGAUCUGGGGAAGGGUAUCAUUCCGUUCGAUACGGAGACGGAAGUGGAAGGAUCCAUGGGGCUUUUCUUUAUCAAAUUCCCGAUUAAGGCAAAAGUGUCAUGUGAGGUACUUGUGAAUCCAAAUAACCAAACAAUUGAACAUCAAGAUUGCUAUCCUGAGUGAAGGGAAAAUGGAAAUUGGGGUUUCAUUAUUACUUCUGUGACGUGAAACUGAAACUGGGAAGUGGGAACUCACCUUAUCAUGCUGAAUUAGAGUGUAAAUAUCACUCGCAGAAGUUAGGGUUCAUUGUGGAUUGCUAGGGAUUUGAAAGAAAAAGGAAACGGUGAAUAUCUCUGUGGAUUACUAAUUGGAAACUGUGUUUUUCUCAGAUUCUUACACAAGUUAAAAUCCAUUUAUGUGUGGCAGUCGUUGCUAUUGCAGCAACCAGAAUAAAUUCUGCUUUCCUCAUGCUUUUGUGCCCAUUCAUUUGGAGAGCUUCUAUAUCCAUUUGUGAAUUACAUGUUGGAAAAGAUGUGUUGAAUCUAAAAUAACUGUGUUCUAUUCUAUUGAGUAUUUUCCAGCGAAUCCAAUGUGAAUGA